AUGCCGUCCGCUAAUUGGACUGCCUGCUUUUCAGAGGCGUGUGGCGGAGGAUACGACGCUUCGGCCCGACACACACACAGAGAGGAGGAGGGAAAGCCAACAGAAGCAAUUUCGCGUGAGUGCUGCCCCCGGGGCGAAAGAGACGCGCUUUGUUUUUUUGAAGCAUCACUCAGCAGCGCGCGACUGCAGGGAGCAGUGGUGACAGAACAGGCCCGUAGCAUUUCGCAUGGCGGCCAGGCGGGGCUCACGCCCCUCUCCCUCUCGCCUGUGUCGUUGCCCACGCCACGCAUGAUGGAGGCUGGCGACGGCAUCGAGGCGGCGUCCCAGCUGAGGCGUCAUAUUGGGGCUGUGGCGGGGUUGUCGGGGCGGGGGGGAAAAAAUGGCCUGGAGGAAGUACCAUCCCUUUCCCUCUCUGGGCAGCGGUCGCCCGUGUCAUCUGCGCGGCCGCACGACAUUGAGCUGCCUGCCACCCUCGCAUAUGAGGAGACAAACGGGCAACAUGGGCAAGAGGCGCAUCAGCAAGAGGCAUUUCCGCUGACGGCUUUGCGGUAUGUCUGUGAGCAGAUUGGGAGGGUGCUGGAGCGCCAGGAGACCUCCUUUCGCGAGCUGGACGCCCGUGUCUCGCGGCGAAACUCGUCAGCAUCGCAGCUGUGGCCCGAGGAGAAUCCGCCGGCGCAAGAGUUUCAAGGGGAGUUGGUGGUAGCGGACGAUGCCCCCGCCUCACCGCAGGAGAGGGGCUUUUCCUGCAGUCAAGCUCGCAGCGAGCGGCAGCAGCAACAGCGGGAGGAAAUGGCGAACACCACGCUGGCUGUGAACCAAACGACACGGUUCCUUGCAUCCCCCCGGAUGCGCUCCGUCACGGGUUGCCGGCCCUUUACCGCCGCUCCUGUGUCCUCCUACGAGAUGACGGGGGAGGAGGAGCGGCUGGUGCUGGAGCAGGCGCAGCAGCAGGAACCGCAACUGCAGCAGCGCGCAGAGCUUCAUGAGUCCGUGGCCGGCGUAGCUGUAAACGACGCCCAAGACGUCAUUACGCUGCAUCCAAAUGUUAAUUGCCUCGUUUUCGAUGCCUCAGCGACGCCGUGCCCUUCGCUUUCGCCAUUCUCAGCAUCGAUGAAAAGAGGGCCGUUGUUGCCCGUAGCGGUGCCCAUCUUACAAAUCGAAAGUAUCUCAAGCGUUUCCAUCUCCCCCCUCUCCCGGCCGCUGUCUGCAUUUGAGGAAAGUCCAACCUUUUCACGAAGAGAGGGCUUUGCGCUGCAGGGGACCUCGGCCCAAUUGCAGUUGCCAGUCCAGCAGAUGAGCGUUGGCGCCUCGCGGGGUGAAGCCGCGCCUCGCGUACCUCCCACCUCUUUCUGUAGUUGUGGUGUUGGGGAAGGCGUCGCCUCGAUAGGACACACAUGGAGUGCGCCCGGUGUCAUGGACCUAAGCUUUAACCGGACCCCGAAGCACUCCCUCAACUCCAGCCCAUCCUACCAAGCGCAGGAGUCGACCUCCACGCGAAACACAAGUAUCAGCAGCGAUGUCGUCCUGGCGUACUCCUUGAGCACAGACUCGCUGGCUCACGGGCCUACUGAACAGGAGUGGGGCGAAGAGAAGAUGCCGUCUCCACGUGGUGUGGCAACUGCAACAGCAGCAGCAGUAGCAGCAGCGGCAUCAAACACCAUACCAGCGUCUGGAACAGCGUCCCGAGAGACCCUGCUCCCAGUUUAUCGAGUGCCGCCUGUACAGACCAUGCGUCGCCCACCAACGGUGCCGCAGCGAACUGUCCCGUUAGAUGUCCCUAUGCGUGAUGAGGAGGUUUGCAACUCGGACGAGGAGGCGCUCAGUGAUGCGUUCAGUGGGGAGGAGCUAAACAGCAGAGUCAGCGACGGGGAAGACGACGAAAAAGGCGACGGAGACGCUUGGAUGAGGCAGUGGCAGGUGCAUCAGCGCCUUUUUUGA